CCCGGGGCGGCCAUGGCGGCGGGGCUGCGGCGGGCGUGGCGGGAGCGGCGCGCCGUGCUGCUGGAGCCGCGCUACACCCCGCUGGUGGCCGCCUGCCUCUGCCUGGCCGAGGGCGGCCUCAACCUCUGGGUCAUCCGCAGGGUCCCCUACACCGAGAUCGACUGGAAGGCCUACAUGGAGGAGGUGGAGGGCUUCGCCAACGGGACCCUCGACUACACGCGGCUGCAGGGUGGCACGGGGCCGCUGGUCUACCCCGCUGGCUUUGUCUACAUCUUCCUGGGGCUGUACCACGCCACAGGCCGCGGAGCCGACAUCCGCCUGGCCCAGUACCUCUUUGCUGGCCUCUACCUCCUCAACCUCCUCCUCGUCUUCCGCAUCUACUGCCGAACCAACAAGGUUCCCCCGUAUGUGUUCUUCUUCAUGUGCUGUGCCUCCUACCGCAUCCACUCCAUCUUUGUCCUGCGGCUCUUUAAUGACCCGGUCGCCAUGGUCAUCCUCUUCCUCGCCAUCAACCUCUUCCUGGAGGACUGCUGGUCCUGGGGCUGCCUCCUCUUCAGCCUGGCUGUGUCUGUGAAGAUGAACAUCCUGCUCUUUGCACCUGGACUGCUGUUCCUCCUCCUCCAACGAUUCGGGCUCCUGGGCUGUAUCCCCAAGCUCUGCAUCUGUGCGCUGCUCCAGGUGGUGCUGGGGCUGCCCUUCCUGCUGGUCAACCCUGUGGGGUACCUGACUCGCUCCUUUGACCUGGGCCGCCAGUUCCAGUUCAAAUGGACGGUGAACUGGCGCUUCCUGCCAGAAGAGGUUUUCCAGAGCCGGGCUUUCCACGUCGCACUGCUGCUGGCUCACCUGGCCGGCCUGGGGCUCUUUGCAGCGCGCCGCUGGUGCAGGUCCGAAGAGAGCAUCUUUUCUCUGCUGAGGGACCCCGCUGAAAGGAAACCGCCUCCUCCUCCCUUGACAGUCAACAAGAUCGUCUUCGUCCUCUUCUCCUCCAACUUCCUGGGCCUCUGCUGCAGCCGCUCCCUCCACUACCAGUUCUACGUCUGGUACUUCCACACGCUGCCCUACUUACUCUGGUGCACCCCCACCACCAAGCUGGCCCACAUGCCCAAGGUGCUGCUGCUGGGUGUGAUUGAGCUCUGUUGGAACACCUACCCCUCCACCAUCUGCAGCUCACUCUCCCUCCAUAUCUGCCAUGGACUCAUCCUGCUCCAGCUCUGGUCUGGCACGGCUCCCCUGCCAGUGCUACAUCCCUCCCAACCGAGCAGGAAGCCCACAGCCAUCUCCAGGAAGACCCAGUGAGCGUGUGGGGAGCCAGAAGAUGGGAACUGGCCUCUGGGACUACCCUUCCUUUUUCCCACCCUGGUGCCAGGUUGUCCCAGGAUGCCAGGAGGUCCAGGAGCUCUGGAACUGUGCAAGGGCGACCUCCCAACAGGCAGGACUUCACCAAUAAAGGGGGCUUUGUGUGGCCUUCUAUGCCCCAGGA